ACUGAGCCGCAUUUUUCUUUUCAGCCGCCCGCAGGAGGCGGGAGGGGAACUUGUGACGUCACAACGACUCGGCGCGUGCACCGAGUUUCCAGCAGCGCCUCUCAGCCAUCACUGCGAGAAAAACUUUCUUCCUGACAUGAGCUCGCUGGGCGGCCGCGGACGGAGCUUAUGCUGCUGUAGGAGGUCGCGAUAGCGGGGCCCGGUCCGACCCGACCCGGAGCUCGAGCUGAAUAUGGGUCAGACCGCCGUGUCUGCCGUGUCUCAGACCGCGAGUGUUGACGGCUUGGAGAAGUCUGCCGUGGCCAGCUGUGACGUUGUAGUGGACAACGCCACUGGGAGCCAGAAUGCCCAUUCAUCCCGACAGCAGCAGCAGCAGCGAGGCAAACUGCCUUCACUGGGGAAGCUCUUCAAACCAUGGAAGUGGAGAAAGAAGAAGUCCAGUGACAAAUUCCAGGAUCUCUCUAAAGUUCUAGAGAGAAAAAUCUCCACCAGACAAACAAGGGAGGAGCUCAUCAGGAAAGGAGUCCUCAUGCCCGAACAAAAUGAACCAAUCAACAGUGAAAAUCUGAACGGCCACACGACGUCCAGUUUGACUGCAGAGGAAGUGAAAGUAGAUAUUGAGUCUCCAGAAACUCAGUUGCAGGAACAAGCUUCUGGCCCAGUUAACACCGGGGACAAAACAACAGAGAGGUGUGACACUAAACAACCUGGCCGGGCAAACCAGGCGCGACCUCGAGACGCCCAAGCUAAAAAACAGCAAAGUGCUGCUGCACCAGCAUCUGCUAAACCUGCUGUCGGCACGGGCACUACGACCAGGCAAAAAGACGGUGCUUCUGCAACUAAAAAGACAACUAAAACCGCUGGCAAGAAUGGCACAUCCCAGCAGACAAAAGCUAACCCACGGCAUACUAACACUGCUAGCCGAGGGAAUGCCAAAUCCUCCCACCCAAAAAAAACAGGAUGCACAACAAAAACCAUCCCAACCUCCACAGCAACAACUCGAUCUAGAGUGUCUAAAGAUGCUGGUGCUGCAGCAGCACAGAGUAAUGGGAAAGACGCAAAGCCCAGCCGGAAAUCAGACUCUCACGCUUCCUCAUUACCUCAUAAAGCUUCCAAAGCAGCUGCAGAGACUCCCAGCCAACCUAGAGACUCAAAAUCCUCCCAUAAUUCUCCAAACACAGAGCUUCUGUCCCCUAAGGCCUCAGCCAGUGAGGCGGAGGUAACUCAUGCUGCUUCUCAACACAACCAAGAGCCCAUAUCUGUCCCCAGCGGUUCAGCUGCAGAGGAGGGAAGCAAAGAACUGGUUCCUGAAACCACAGAUAAGCGUUCCCAUGUCAACAUUGUCACAGAGGACACGUCCUUUACAGCUGGAGAGACACAGAACAUCCCCCAGGAGAAGGAACAAGGACGACCAGAUGAGGAGGGAGUAGAUAGGAACAAGAAAAAGGAGAGUGGUGUGGACAACAGCCCAAGGUCAACAGAGAGCGGCGCAGAAAAGCCGCCAGGUUUGAGCGUUAAAACGGAGCACGCCGAGGUGACAGUGAUCCCAGACAGACCGAGAGACAGCCAGACCAGUGACUCUGAUUCAGACGGACCAAUCCUCUAUCGAGAUGAAGAAGAGGAAGAGGAGGAGGAUGAAUACACAAACAGCUCACUGGCAAGUAAAAUUCGCAGACGAGACACGCUGAACAUCAAACUAGGCAACCGACCCAGCAAGCAAGAGCUGGAGGAGAAAAACAUUCUGCCACGGAGCUCUGAAACAGAAAGGCUUGAGCUGCGCCAGCAGAUAGGCUCCAAACUCGUCAGGCGCCUGAGCCAAAGACCCACAACUGAAGAGUUGGAGCAAAGGAACAUCCUGAGACAAAAGAACGAAGCAGAGGAGCAAGAAGCCAAACAGGAGAUUAAGAGGAGGCUCACCAGAAAGCUGAGUGUGAGGCCGACAGUGGCAGAGCUGGUGGCUCGAAGGAUCCUUCGGUUUAACGAGUACGUGGAGGUAACGGAUGCCAAGGAUUACGAUCGGCGGGCCGACAAACCGUGGACUCGCCUGACUCCCGCUGACAAGGCUGCUAUCCGUAAGGAACUGAAUGAGUUUAAGAGCCGAGAGAUGGAGGUUCACCAAGACAGCAAACAGUUUACCAGGUUCCACCGACCUUGAUUUGCCAUCACAAGCUCGGCUCCUGACAGCCCACCUUCUCUCCAGACUCUUUCCCUCCAUUUGUUUUGGAAUCCAGUCUCUCUCUCUUUCACACGAAACUCUGGUUUGACUUAGCAGGGAGAGCUCCGAUCCAGCUGGAUUGGUUCAUACGGACUCCCCAUCUGAGGUUAAACACAGAACCGACCCCACCGUCCAGUCAGCUUUUCCUGCUACGGCCUUUCAAGUUGCCUUCUGUGACGAGGUUUCUUUGUCUGGGAUUCUACCUAUUUAUGUCUGUAAUGACAGCUACAAAUGUGUCUUAAGGCCACGGCGCUUUAAAGGCACCAAUUAAACGUUUGCACAUAUCUGUAGUGACAACAGCGGUGUGUAUUUUUGCCCUUUAGAAGCCUAUUUAUUGUAGAGUGUCAAAUUGUUUUUUGUCACAGAGAGCAGAAACAAGCACAGUGUCUUUUAUAACACAGAAUUUGGCUGAAGUGUGCUGUGAAGUCUUUGUGUGUUUCCUUUGAGACAGAUGCCCAUAAAUGGGCGUGCUCCUCAAACAGGAAACAGUUGAAUCCCAAACACUGCUGAUUGUCGGACCAUUUUAAAUGACACUGCCACUAGAGGGCGCUGUAUCAAAAGAAUUGAGAAAUGUAACAGGUGUUGUAUUAUAAAGAAGCCUUAGAUGGCGGAGGUUUAUAAAGUAAAAUGUUUUUGUGUUCUUUUAUCUUCUGAAAAAGUGCUGGAUCUCAUAUUUUGAGGGUUUAUUUCUCUGCGGUUUGGCAGAAUCUUCACUAAGUGGACACGAUGCCAAAGAAGAAAACGGGAAGUACUUUUUUGUUUUGAAGAAAAGCUUCAUUUAGUUGGAGAAAUUGAAGGAAAGGUGUUAUUAAACUGAAUAUUCAUCUCCUCCAGCACAGAGACGUUGGUCUGUUAUCAACCCCAGCACUGUUUGUCAAGCACACAGAGAUGAAUUCAAUCUCAACCUUUUCCAGUUUCAACAAUCAAGCUUUUAUUUUUUUACUCUCAAUAUUUACCCUUUUAAAGUCUUCAGUACUUUUAAUUGAGGCUUUAAGGGCACCAAGUAUGACUUUAUUUCCCUUUUAAAUGUACAAUUACAUUAAAAUUAAGCAAGUAAGAAUCCAUUAAGGCCCUUUAAUUCCUGUGAAAAUUGAAUGGCUCAAACAUUAGGAUGCAUAAUCAUGCACUUUGUCCAUGGAGAAAUCCAAACUGUUUCUUUACAUGGGAGUUCUCACUAUUUGCCAGGGCUUGGUGUUAAUUUAUCCAGGUUCCUGUAAGCAUCAGUGAUCUCACCACAGCACUUGUUAAAUAGUAGAAGAAGCGAAAGAAUUGGUUAUUCCUGCUGCUUUGCCAGAGUUGAAGGAAAUGAUGUACAGGAAACAAGCCAACAGUAUUCAUUCAUGUCUGUGCUGUUGUAUUUUAUUUUUUUGUACAGUGUAUAUCAAGCAUGUUCAUACAAUGAAGUCCAUGUAGCUGAAGAUAUGAUCAAUUAUAAAACUGCUGUGAAUGUUUGGAGCUUUA